AUGAAAGGCAAAGAUCCUGCAAAAUUUAUCAAAGAUGGAUUGUCUAAAGCUCUAGUAUUUUACUAUCCAUUAGCUGGUAGACUCAUUGAAGGGCUUAAUAAAAAGCAUAUGGUAAAUUGUAAUAGUGAAGGAAUCAUGUUUAUUGAAGCUGAUGCUAAUAUAGAGCUUGACAAAUUAGGUGACUCUAUUAAACCACCAUGUCCAUUCUUGGAUUUACUACUUCACAAUGUUCCUAGUUGUGAUGGAAUCAUUGGUUGCCCUCUUUUGUUAGUUCAGAUUGUUAAUCACACUAUGAUGGAUGGAUAUGGCUUCAAAAUGUUUCUAAAUGCAUUAAUUGAAUUAAUUCAAGGUGCUUCUACACCUUCUAUAUUACCUGUAUGGCAAAGGGAUCUCUUAAGUGCUAGAUCAUCACCAAGUAUUACAUGUACUCACCAUGAGUUUGAUGAGAAAAUUGAAUCAAAAAUUGCAUGGGAAUCUAUGAAAGACAAGUUGAUACAACAAUCAUUCUUCUUUGGAAAUACAGAGAUGGAAGUUAUUAAAAAUUCAGUUCCUUCAAAUUAUGGAUGUACGAAAUUUGAGUUAUUAGCGGCGCUUUUAUGGAAAUGUCGUACCAUUGCUCUUGAUUUGCACCCCGAAGAAAUUGUUCGUUUGACGUAUCCUAUUAAUAUACGUGGUAAGUCACUAAAAAAUGAACUACCACCUAGUUAUUAUGGAAAUGCAUUUGUUACUCCAUCUGCAGUAUCAAAAGCAGGAUUAUUAUGUUCAAAUCCACUAACAUAUGCAGUUGAAUUGAUCAAGAAAGUUAAAGAUAAUAUAAAUGAAGAAUACAUUAAAUCAGUUAUAGAUUUAAUGGUUAUUAAAGGGAGACCAGAGUUAACAAAAUCUUGGAAUUUUAUUGUCUCAGAUAAAAAAUAUGUUGGAUUUGAUGAAUUUGAUUUUGGAUGGGGAAACCCCAUUUUUGGAGGGAUUCCAAAAGCUACAUCUUUUAUUAGUGUUUGUGUGCCUAUUAAAAAUGACAAGGGAGAAAAAGGUAUUUCGAUAGCUAUAAAUUUGCCUCCACUAGCCAUGAAAAAAUUUCAAGAGGUUGUCUAUAAGAUGACUUUAGAAAAUAUGGAAGGAGUCAACAUAAUUUAA